AACACUCUGAAUGUGCAGCUCCUCCAUCCCCCAGUAGGCGGAGACAUUUCUCAAUAAAUGGGCGUGCAUUGACUGCCAAUCUAAUACGUCUGGGUGGCCCAUUCACUGUCUAUUGUAUUUUUUUUUCUUUGGCUCCUGAUAUAAUGUCUUUUUUACUGCUGGUGUUCCCGAUGCUGAUGACAUUUGCGUGUGAGUAUGAAUGUGACACUGGAGGCACGUUCCCGUGGGUGAAUACUCAAUUAAAAACAGAAGGGACAGUUGUGACCACUGCUAAAUGAAGGGCAGCAGAUUCCGUGUUUUCCUUUACAUAUUGACUGAGGAAUUUGCAUGAGAUUCAUUUUGGGCAGAGAAUUUGUGUGGAAGGUUACACACGCAUAGUGCAUCCUGCUGUCACAAUGUAUCUGCAUGCAUCAUCUGCAUCUCCGUGCCUGAAGCAUUGCAGGGCUUUUUGUAUUUUGAUCCUUAGCAGCGUGUGUCGUUUAUUGAAAUCAAACGGUGGCGUCUGUCUGCAGCUGUGUGCGUGGUGUGCUUGCCGCUGCGAGGUCUGCCUUUUAAUAUCAUGAUUGUGUGAAUGAAGUGAAAAACAUCACCCAUGAAGCUGUUUGUUGAGCAUCACUCACAUUCUGCAGUGGCUACUACGAGCCAUCUGAUGCUGUAGCUCCAUUGCAGGGUGUAGCACUCUGCAGUUUCAUGUUAUGUCAGUGGUCUGGGUGGACACUGUCUGGCUGCAAAGAACAUAAUGAUCUUUGGCCCUUGCCUGCAGCAUUAGCUAUUGCAGGCUGCCACACUCAUCACCAACAGCCAGCAACGGACAGAGGAUGUGUAGUUUGAAAACUGGUUCCAAGGAGCGUGUUGCUGUGAUUGUGUUUUCACUGGUACUCUACAGGUUCUAAUCUACUGUUUUAUGUUUUACAUAACCGUUCCUGUGUCUCAGGUGCCCAGCUGCAAGUGACUACUUCUCCUAUACCUGUUGUGACCCAAAUUGGCUCCAAUGUCGUCUUGCACUGUAAUUUUACUUUGGGAGUGCCUCCUGUGGACCCAGCACAAGUGCACGUGGUGUGGAAGAAUGAGGGAAAGAAAGUUUUGACCUAUGUGGGACAAGUCACAGCAUUCAGACCUGGGGCGCAGCUUUCUGAGGAGCUCCUGGCACAGGGAGAUGCUUCACUUACUCUACCGAACGUCAGCAAUUUGGACGGGGGCAGAUAUUCCUGCAGUAUCCGUUUGGCCUCAGAACAAGAGACACAAAGCAUCACUUUGAUUGUUAAGGGUCAGUGAGUUUUAAUGGCAGUAAUUUGUGACUGUCCAGGUACAAUCUGACACCAACAUGUACACCGAUCCACUAAAAUUAGGUCCAAUUUAUAUCCCAUCAGGCUUUCAUCAAAUGGUCUUUUUCCUAUUCUUCUCAGAGUUUAAAGUAAUGUCUUCACCAGUGUGCGUGCCCUGUGGAAGUAGAGUAAAAUUAGAUUAUACUUAUAAAGUAUUUUAAAUAGCGCAGUAUUUUUUAGAAAGAAAACUUUAUACUGGUCUCUUUAUAACCUUUUCCUGGAUCCUAAUCUACAGUAAAGAUGACAUUUAAAUUGGAUUAGUCAAUAAGCAGUUUACAUCCCACCCAAAAUUAGGAGGUAUGAUCUCAGGAUGGGAGAGGGCUGAGGCGGGAGAGUGGUGCGGUUGCAAGGCUUUGGAAAGGUGCGCACACAGUUGACAGACAUGUCUAUAACACAGGCAACACUGGCUGCCCACUUGCCGCACAACAGUAUUUAAUGCUACGCGUGUUGUGUAUACUUUGGGGAUAAUUCUAAGUCAUUCCCCAAAAAACGAGAAAAGUAAAGGUGGCCAAUUAGAUUUGGGACAUUUGAGAGGCGUAAGUAUCCUGCAAUCUGAUUGGUUCAAUCUGCAGGGAUUUGACAGGUGUUAAAGUAGACCUCCAGGUAUGAAACUAUAAACCCGCAACAUGUUAUAUCUUAGAAUGUAUUUAGUUUGAGAGGCAACAACUUAAAGUGAGACUUAAUUGAACAUGUGAAUUAAUCAUAUAUGCCUGCAUUAAGACCAGGGUUAUCUUAACAUUAAAAUGUCACGGUCUGCAUUUUUCAAUUACCGGCAUAGUAUAUAUAUAUAUAUCUUUUAGUUAUACCAACCUCAGUCUCACCAUCAAGAGGCUGAACUCAGACGAUGACAAGUAAACUUUCAUUUGUUCAGUGUGAAGAUCAAAUAUUUUCCACAACAGAGCGGUCUUUCUAGAAUCACUAUACCACUUUCACCCCGAGUCUGUACAUUAAUUCCAUUGCAAGCUCAAGGUCUUCUUCACUCUUUUUUGCUUUGAUGAAAAGAUGGUUUUGAUAAAAGACCGGACCCUUGGUGCUCCAAAACAGCACUGUAUAAUCAGUGGGCAAAAUUAACGUUAUUGUUAUUUUUUGUAAAUUUUAUUCAAGACAAUACGUGCAAACAGUCUGCCAACAUCAUAAACACAUGGUAAUAUCCAUUUUUGAUAGUUCAACCCUGAGAUAAAUGCUGAACUUUUAAUAUGGUAUUAAAUAAUAUUGUAAUGGUAUGUUGCAGGGAGGUUCCCUGUCUUCCUGUAUCAUUAUGCUCUCAGCUGCCAAUUUGCAGUUAUCACCACCCCGUUGUUAUCAGCACAUUUCUACAGGGAGACAGCUAUACUUCCUCCUCUGCCAAUCCAAGUACUUUAUAGUAUGUGCACAGGGCCGAACUUCCCAUUAAACAGAGUAGGCACCUGCUUACAGGCGCACAUCCUCUAGGGGGCACCUGUUUUUGGCACAUAUUACGUGUCUUCUCAAGCUUAACUGUGUAGAGAUAACUACCAGGAGCCUUGGCCAGUAUCCCCUUCAGUCGAGUCGGCCUCCUAUGUUUGAUAGCAGAGCUGAAGGAACAGUUAUAGAGGAUGUAAAACUCAGUGUUGUCCCAGCUCCUCCAGUGUCUGUGUGUGAGGCUGGACAGUGAGUGGAAGGGAUCACUGCCUAUCUGCCCACUAACAGCCUCCCACACAGGAAAUGCCUUGCAGGAGGAGCAGCGGAUGGUUUGUUAUUUUACUUUGAGUAAUACACAAUCUAUAAUCACUCCUGUUGCUCUAAUAUCUGACUGGACUACAGAAGACGUAGUACUUUGCAAAUAACUCUCCACACUACACAUGCCGUUAACACCUCUUUUCCAUAACCCUAAAUGUAACCCCCAAAACCUAAACUAACAUUUUCUUACUCCGAAAUUUAAGUAUUCAAAGCUUAAACCUGACAAUAAACCCUUUACAUUAAUCCUUGGUUUAACUUCUCUUAGAACCUUAACACCCCAUGUACCCAAAUACUAAAUUUAACCCAAUUCUAACCCUAAACCCAAUCAUUCUAUUUGAACCCCUCCGUUUGUAGUCUUCUUAACACUAAACAGUUAGGUAACCCUCCCCACCCCCUCCCCCUUCACAUUAACCACUUCAAAUGUUGGCCCUGAUUUAAUAUUUUUGGAAAAGCUUUUAACAUGAUUUAAAGGACCACUAUAGUGCCAGGAAAACAUACUCGUUUUCCUGGCACUAUAGUGCCCUGAGGGUGCCCCCACCCUCAGGGUCCCCUCCCGCCCGGCUCUGGGGAGAGGAAAGGGGUUAAAACUUACCUUUCUCCAGCGCCAGGCGGGGAGCUCUCCGCCUCCGAUCCUCCUCCUCUCCUCCCUUUUGGCUGAAUGCGCACACGCGGCAAGAGCUGCGCGCGCAUUUAGCCGGUCUCAUAGGAAAGCAUUUACAAUGCUUUCCUAUGGACGCUUGUGUGUUCUCACUGUGAUUUUCACAGUGAGAAUCACGCAAGCGCCUCUAGCGGCUGUCAAUGAGACAGCCACUAGAGGAUUUGAGGGCUGGAUUAACCCAUUUAUAAACAUAGCAGUUUCUCUGAAACUGCUAUGUUUCUAAAAAAAAAAAAAAUGGGUUAACCCUAGCUGGACCAGGCACCCAGACCACUUCAUUAAGCUGAAGUGGUCUGGGUGCCUAUAGUGGUCCUUUAAUAUUUUGAAAAAAAAAAUCAUUUAAAAAGCUUGAACAAAAAUAUUAAAUUGAGGCCAUUAUCUUUAACCCUGUAUACAUUUACACAGCUACAUAUACUCACAGGUUCAAACACAUUACAUUAAGAAGAAGUAUGCUCAUACACACAUAUUGGUUAGUUUUAUAUCAUAUAGAUAUAUGAAUAUAUGUUUUAGUUGUUUUUAUGCCUGCAAUGCCUAAUUAACAAAUGCAUUCUACUCUACCUUACUAUUGGGUUGAGAACCAUGGGGUCCCUUAGAAUUGUGUGCCUACAGGCACCUUAUAUUUACGUGCAUGCUAUACAAGUCUGAACAAGCUGCACAAGAACUGUGAAAGGAACUGUCAGUGAGCUGAUUGCAUUUAGGAGUCAUGCAGUUGCUAUCAGGUUUGGUAGCAGCUCUAUUUAUCUGGUUUGAUAAAUGUAGUUGCUGUUCAGUAUUGUGAUACUACUACCAGGAACCAAUGCUGGGCAAAAAAAUAUUGGGUCCUCAUGAUUAAUUGAGUCACUUUGAGGAGAGCUCACUGAAAAACCUGGGGAAUUCAAGGUUAGUGUCUUAAUUUAUUUCUAAAUUCUUAAAAAUUACAAUUAUUUUGCAUAUUUAUUAUACAUUAUCUGUAUGCUGCUUUAUAAAAUGGAGUGACCUUUUAAUAUCCACCAUUUCACAUCAAAACCAUAUUUUAUAUAAUGUUAUCAUGAUACAUGUUCCUUUGAUGACUAAAAUGACAACUCUUUCUCAUAACGACCACCGUGUCUUCACUCCAGACCACCGCCAGAUAUGGGUGGAAGGAACAACAGUUAUUGUAAACAAGUCGAACGAGUUGCACUGUUGGGCAAGCAACCUCUCAUCUACAGAUGUGACAUUCGAAUGGAUGAGAAAUGGCCAUGUUCUUAGUACAUCUGCUCCCCAUGUUCUGGAAAAUGUUCCGGGAAAUGUCAGCGGACAGGAAGUAACAGUCAAAAGUUCAUUUUGCUUCACACCCACUGUGAAAGAUGAAGACGCACAGUAUUCUUGCCAGGUUCUACAGAAGAAUUCUCCAUAUCCUCUGAAAAAAUCAUUCCACCUUAAAUUUGGAGGUAAGUUGUUAACUUUUCUCUAAAAAACGUCUUCUGAACUCAGAAUUAAUGGGUUGCACUACAUCAAUGAAUAUUAGACAAUAGUAUGGGAAGGGCUGAAGGACCUGGUUUGAAAGUGAUUGUGGUUGGACACUAUAGUUACUUAUCUAGGUGUUAUCAUUAUUAUGCUAGGAAUGUAAACAAUGGUAAUAAAACAUUUUUGGUACAUUAAUUUCAGUGUGGGGAUGGAAAGGCUGUAGAAGGCUGCAUGGAUUAUUGUUGAGAAAAGCUUAAAUUGGAUAUUGGCCCUACAAGAUCAUAGUGCUUAAAUAAAUGGAACUGAGUUCUCCUUGACUACAUCCAGCUCAAGACUUGAACUCAGGAGAUGUCUUGUAAAUUAAGUUAAACUUGAAAAACAAAUUUAAGGUUUUGAGUUUUUCCCAAUAUUGGCCUUACUCCCAAUUUGAAGAAUGUCAUAAGAUGAAAAUUAUCACAUUUUCAUCUUGCAGUUUUGUGGGUGCUAUAGUACUCUUACAUUGAGAAUUGUUUUACAAAAUACAACAUAUUGUGGAAAAGGCUAAUUACAGUCAUGUUUUGAAGUUCGGCCCAACAUCGUCCUGUUCCUGGCUGGAAAAGGACAAAAGAAUUCCUCCCUUGUUUGUUUGGUAUCUGGAUUCUAUCCUGAGGAUCUGAACUUGACCAUGAGAAGAGAUGGACAUCCCCUGUCAGAAACCUCGAAGAAAUGGUUGAACCCAAAUGGCACUUUCUCAUUGAUCGCUGUGUACCUGGUUGAUGUGACACCCAGUGAUGAUAACAUAGAUUACACUUGCACUGUCCACCACUCCACUGUGCCGGAAGGGGCCACAGAGCGAUUACGGUUCUUAGGUAAGAGUAGAACAAGUGUCAAUGAUAAAUGUUGCAUGUUUGUUUUGAAGGGAAAGAGAUCUCUCCUCCCCUCAAAAAAAGCAGCACAGCACUGUGUCCUCCCAUUGGUUUCAGCACACAAUUAUUGUUUUUUUGUAAAGAGCUAAAGCGAUAAAUACUGGAAACCAAUAAAACCAGAGAACAUCUGAGAUCUAAUCAGUAGAGCUUGCAAUCUAAUAAAAUAACAUCUUUUAACACUUUUUUUAAUAGAGAUUGUGAUGUAUUAUUGUGAUAUGACACAGUGACUGGCUAAUAAUCUUGGGAGUUGCAGUCCUAGUUAAAGAAAUGAAGGGCCACCAUGGACUACCACUGGUCCAAAUCAGAUAAAGCACUCUCAGUGUUUGGCUCAAUGUCUAUUUCUUUCAUAUAUUAAACAACGUGUAGGUAAAUAUCUGUAGUGUGUGUAUUCAUAUUGUCUCUCUUUCUAGUUGAUCCGUACGUACCCAAAAUAUUUUGGAUGAUAGUGGCUACAGUUCUCAUCUUGUCGGUUGGAAUCCCCUCCAUGUGCAAACACGGUAAGAAAAAUGGGAAGAAAAGUAGAAAAACAACAUUUUGAUUUGUUUAUUAUUUGUAGUUGGUAUAGGACAGACAAGCUACAUCCUAAGAGACCUCUUUUUUUUACUUAUAAUUUUUAUCUAUAGUAUAUUUUUGGGAGAACGACUUCAGGCUGGAGUGAUGCUUUAAUGUUACCCCACCAACAUCCAGAUAGGCCUGUCAUUAAGCUAGCCAGUAUCAUAGCACUCAAUAAAUUUAAAAAAAAAAUUAAUCUGGUCUUGUCUAAUUUUUAGACCUAGUUUACUAGUGGGCUAGGGCAGCAUCUUUCAAAUCAGUAUUCAUGUACACCCAAAAAUCUAGAUAUCACCCAGAACUGCUCCAGAGAGCUCAAAUAGUUUAUCAAUAUGUCAUUUGCUGUCCUCAUUUGAAAAGCAAAAUACAUUUCCAGUGACCUUUGCCUUUUGUACAUUCUUGAGUGCUUUUUGUGGUGUCUCCCUGCAGUAACUGAUAUAACUGUGUGCAAGGACUGGACGGAUGGCUGUACAGCUGUGCUAAAAUGUACUAUCUCUGGACGGUACCCUAAAGCCAUAACUGCGGUGUGGAUUGUCAGACGAGGAGACAAAGAGCUUGAAAUAAAGGAAAGAGGCUCCUUCCAACCUCUUGGGGAUUACAGAGAGUUACAGGAACAAGAUUCGUACACUUGCUGGAACAGCAUAAAGAGCAUGUCAGUUUGCGGACUGCGUCAUUCCCUAUCCUCUGUCCUCUGCUUCCAGGUGCGCAAAGAGCAGCAUGAUCAAGCUGAGUUUAUCUGCCGCUUCAUGAAGGCAGACAAGAUCUUGGAUGAGAAAAAUUUCUUCGGAAGUGUCCUAGGUAAGUGUGUUUAACUCUCAAUCACAACCGUAAGGCUAAGUCAGAAGAAAAAGGUGGUCCACGCACUCGAUCAAUUCAAGCAAUCGCAACGUUCAAUUGCAACGUUUCAGCCCACAACAGGGCCAUUGUCAAGCUUGACAAUGGCCCCGUUGUGAGUUUGACAAUGCCCCCAUUGUGGGCUUGAAUUCAUCAAGUGCCUGGAUCUCCUUAUUCUUCUGACUAUAUGACACUGAGGGAUUGCCAGCCCUUGUUUAAGAGCACCCUGUUACUGUUUAUAUGAGUACAGCUUCCAUUUCUAUUGUCAACCUCAAGUCUAAUUCAUCUUCCCAGGCCUAAAUCCUGAUUAUAGUCCUAAACAUAACCUCAAAUACCGUCUUAGGUAUUAAACCUAACUUAAAAUCCCCACUAAACCCUAUUCCUUUUAUUUCUCUUUUUUUUUCUAUAAAUCUAUCUGUGCCAGGUUUUCUUACAUGUUUUUUUUCUCCCAUAGAUAAUUAUGGGUUUUUCUCAGUGUCAGAUAUCUGCAUUCCAGAGAUAUGCAACGAAGGGGAAAAAGUGACCCUGAGUUGCGUCAUGCGUGGAAAUGUCCCACGGGAGAUCAGAGUGACAUGGGAGAGAUUCGUAGAUGAGGAACGGACGCUCAUUGCAAAAGACUAUGAUCCCAACUAUCAAGUCACUGAGAAUAAAUCAGGAGGACAGAUCUGCUCGUUCCUCACAUUCUGCAUCUGUAGUGCAGAUUCUGGGGCCAUUUUUACCUGCUCCUUCACGGAGAACGAAGGGCGUAUACUUGCUGAGCGUGUCUCCAAGCCUCUAAAAGUUGCAGGUGAGCUCACACUCAUUUGUAAUUUAACAGCACAGCAGGGUAUAAAGUUGAUCAUGCUGGCCAGCUCACCGUGCAACAGAGAUACAGCAACCCCAGACAAUCAUUUCAGCCUUGAUGGACCUCAUCAGUGAGGGGUGACUGAUAACCCUUUAGGCACAGUGGGGAGGGGUCAACAUCUGGAUUACCCUUUUAAAUAUUGUCGCUAUAUUAAAAUGUCUCCCGUACAUUUUAACUGCAUUUUACAUCCAUUCUAUGUUUAACCAUAAUUUUACUUUAGGAGCUAAAGAUAAAAAUAUGGCUUUUAUGGGGAUCGUAAGGCUUAGAGUACAUGCAAAAGGACUGGAAUGGCAAAACAUGCAAGGCACCAGGUAGCUUGGGAAUGGGAACAGUAAGACCCGUCAUUAACAUAUUCCGUCCAUUCUCACCCCUUUCUUUUCAGAACCAAUCAAGAAUAGCUGGUCACGGACAUACCAAGACUGGGGAUUCCGUGCGUUUGAUGAGCCUGGCACCACAGAGAUAUGACACUACACUCUUACCCUACAUCUAUGGGUUCAUCUGAUUUAUAACUGGACCAAACUACCUUCCCAAAUACUUUUUGUCUCUACUUCCUCUGCUGAAUCUGUCUGCAGAUUCUACAGGGACCCCAACGGAAAGACUCAACUUGAUUGGCGCUUCGGAGAUGCCAAUGAAUAUUGCUUUCAAUGUAGAUGGAAAUUGAACUGUGUUUUACGAUAAACCCACAAAGAUCUUAAUUCAAGCACCAUGUUUGUAUGGCAUGAUUAUGUAUUAACACUCAACAUUCCUCAUUGUGUCACAAACUCGACGUGUGUAUAUAAACAAUGUAUCAUCCACAGUGGGUAUGCUUCAUUUACCCUCUUAAACUAGACCUGUCUGUCACCUAACAAAAACUUUACAAUAUUCUGAGAGCGCAAAACAAUUGUUUGUAUGUUUUAUUGGAUCAUUUUAAAAUUGUUCAACCGCAUAUUGUCCUAAUAAAUGGAUUACUUCAAGAGUCACGCUAUUGGCACUUAUGCCAAAUUUUAAAUUGGCCUAUUGUGAGCGGUAAAAAAACAAAAAGAUAGUUUAAAAAAAUAUGCAACGAGAUCUGGUGCAUUAUUGGUGAUACAGGAAAUGUGGUGGAAUUGGAAACGUGAUAAGAAGAUGAGUAAGUGAAUAUGUUUCAUUUAAAAUGAUCUAAUCUAAAAUGUUAACCCAACAUUUAACUUUGUCAUAUCUUCGCUGUGGACCCAGUGGGACAGUCCUAAAACUUGUAAUGUGCUUUCUGGGGGUUUCUGUGAUGUCCCUCAUUUCGAUGAAUAUCACCAACAAAGAAGGUUGGGAGGUAUCACCCAGGGAAUAAUGUAAAGUUUGUUGGAUGACAGAACUGCAUUAAAUCUCAGAGGGACGAACUGCAAAAUCUUAAACAGAAGUUAAAUUGGACAGGUAGAGGAAUGUCUAAAACAAGAAAGGGCAAAUGGAAGACUGCCAGUUUCUCCAGGACUCCAACUCCCAUAAUGUUUUGUCAGCCAUCUGACCCUCCAAGCACAAUGAGAUUUGUAGUUUCGCAUCAGCUGGGAAUCGUUUGGCACACCCCCGGUCUAAAAUAUCAGUCACAAAAGACAGAUUGUUCUUGUAUGAGAGGAAGGUGGGUUAUUAUUGUGAUGCUCGAUACUCUACAGUGCAGUGCAAGUUAUAUAUUAAUUCUUAAUUAAUCUAUACAUAUGAAACAAUAUAUUACAAUACAGUAUAUAAUGCUAGAUGGGAAGACACAAGGAUUUUCCAAGGUUCAGACCAUAAGAAAAUUGUUGAGUUAACUUAUUUUUUUUGCUUCCCGCAACACGCAAUGAAAACAUAAAACAUCACAUUCUAUGAUACUUAAUGUUUUUACUAUAACUGUUAUUUCACUAUCCUGUGAAUAUGUAAGAUGGGGAACAAACUGAUUUUUAAAUGUUUUUUAAAACUACUACCGACAGUGUUUUACUUGAAAUGCUUAAGACAUUGCUCACUGGAAACAACCAAAAUAUUACACGUUACUCUUUGUCCUGUUCACUAAACCCCAAGUUUUUUUUUGUCCUGGGGACACGCGUUUCUCCACUGUCCGUUUUUGAAUUAUUUGAUAUCUGUAAUUAUUUUUAAAGAAAGAAACUGGGCUCCUAACUUAUUGUAGCUAUAUUUGGCACUAACAACUCUGCAAACUCACUUGUGCUUCCACAACAACUUUGCCAGAAUGUCUGCUGCGGAUUAGACAAAAUUCUGCCAGGUUCACUUGAAACCUGCAACUCAUCAUAGAUUUGAGUAAAGUAUUAUAAGUAAGACUUAAGCUAACGGUCACAAGUUCUAUCAAUAUGUGUACCUCUAAUAACUGCAAAUAAACCCUUUUGGUGUAAACACAAAGGGGAAUCAAUACUUAGAAAUGGUUCACAAAGUAUUUUAAAACCUAAGCUAGGAUUAUAGCGGAGUUGAAGAAUUCGCCUAAAUGUUUUGUUUCUAAUUAUUUGUAUUAAUAAAUAAUAAUUGUUGGUUUUGAUCAUUGAUUUCCAAUUAUGCCAGGCCGUUUAGGAGAUUCUUGGUGGAUGAGAUUUGUCAGUGCAUUAUACAUU